AUGGCAAUUAGAGAAGAAGAUGGCGACGAGGAGAGCCAGAUAUCAAAGCAGAGACUUAUUGAGGAAGAGGACGAGGAGGAAGAAGAAGAGGAGGAAGAGGAGGAGGAAGGAUCGGAUUUUACGUCUUCACCCAGUAUUCCUGAUGAAAAUAUCAAUUUUGACCUUGUUUACACACUUCAUACAUUCGAAGCAACAGUCGAUGGCCAAGCCUCGGUAAAGAAAGGUGACGCGCUCACUCUACUAGACGACUCCAAUUCAUAUUGGUGGUUAAUUAGAGACCUAAAGACCUCAGAGGUUGGAUAUAUACCGGCAGAAAACAUCGAAACACCUUUCGAACGACUCGCAAGAUUAAAUAAGCAUCGUAACGUCGAGCUUACCUCAAUUGAACAAGCUACACAUUAUAUAAACAAGUCAGAGAUUACAAAAGCAUCACAUUCAAGAAAAGUAAACUUAUCAACUUCAUUGAACGUACAACUCCAUGUUUUAUUGAUGGGGGAAAACGAAGAAGAUAUCGAAGAUGAGGCGUAUGAGGUUUGGGAUGAAGAAAUGUUGGAAGAUGAAGAGGAAGAGAAAGUGCUCAGCCCUAGCGUCAAUAUCAAUGAUGAGAAUGAUGACGAUGAUGAUAAACCUUUGCAAGACAAUCAAAUUAAAUCAAUUGAAAUUAUUGAAUCUAAAAAUAAUGAAUGUGAAGUAUUACGUGUAUUUGCUGGUAAUGUAGACGUCGGUGCUUCAUAUCAUUCAUUACGUGUCAAUGAAUCCACCAGUGUGGCUGAAUUGUUAUUAAAUGCCAUGGAGAAAUUUCAUAUUACCCAAAUUGAAACUAAGAACGGUCGUCACCAUGGUCACCAUAGCUGUGUUGAAUAUUAUUUAACUGUAAAAACAAGAGACGGUGAUGAAAUUACCUUGGACCCGCAAGAUAAACCCUUUGCUAUAUAUGAAUCUUUAACCGCUCAUCUCACUACACCCAUGCCUUCAUUAACUCAAUUCAGACAAUUGGCAAAUAAUAAUGGUGAUUACGUUUCUAGAAAGAAAAAGAGAAGAUCUUCAUCCAUUUCUUCCAUUGGUGAUUCCUCACUUCAAUUUUUUAUGCAUAAGCGUAUCAAACGUGUCAACGAUAGAAGCGGACAAGUUCAUAUUAAAGUGUCUCUCAUGACCCAAACAACCAAUAACAAUACGUCUAAAAAGGAAUCAGGCGCAGAAUUAGAAAGGAUCGACAAGUUGAUUGCAAUUCCCGCUAGCAUUACGAUCUCCGAGCUUACAUCCAUUGCUCUUGUUAAAUUUCACAUCAUAUCUGAUAAGGAUCAACCGCAUCAAUACAGAUUAAUAUUGAAUGCAAAUGGGAAAGGUAAAAAAAAAAAAAAGUCUACCGCCGCCCUUUUAAUCAUGUUGAGUGUAAAAUUUACCAAAUUUCCUAUAAUAGAUAAACUAUUAAAUGCAACUCAAUUAUUAUCAGAAGUUCUAUCAGACUUGGGCAAAGAUAAAUCCAGUGAUAAAUAUUUUGUACUGCAUAAUUUUAAUAACAGUUUAGACGACCCACCCCAAAGAUCUCUUUCUCUAUCAUCAUCUACAUCAUCUUCAUCUUCAUCUUCUGCAAAUAGACAAACGUCAAGUAAGGUUUUCCCUGAAAAAUUCCCCCCUCGCAAUCCUUACUCACAUAGUAAUCAUCCAGUUAUGACACGCCUGGAUAGUAAUACCGAAGCUAUCUUGAAACGAGUUGAUGCAGCUUUGGAAUCAUUCGAAAAAACAAAACGUCCCUCGACAACCUAA